AAAUCCUCAUCUGAACGCCCGUGGGUAGGAAAAGCGGCGAAAAAAAGGGAGAGAGCAAAAACGCGGGUCUGUAAAUCCUCCACGGUCUGUAUCAUUAUCGUUCGUUGAAUCUCUCCGUGUUCGGAGAGCACAAUGGCCGAUCUUGCGCGAACCUCAUGGUACGCGCGUCACGUAAAAUAGUUUUGUGUAUUCUAUUUAUAAUAAUGCCAAAUAUUUUACGACGCGAUAAAUGUGUCGGGUGAUCAGUGAUUGUGCCUGAUGUACACAACAGAUAAACUUCCCGCAGUAUAAACCAAACAAAGUCUUCCUUCGCAUUCACCUGCUGCUCUCGCACGGGGUACCCUCGACCUUUUGAGCUCACCUGAAGAACGCGAUCCGCAAGUUUGGUUAGGUGCCACAUAUUGACCAACCACAACCCAUUUAUUCCAGCAAUAGUAUAAACCCCCUAAAUAUUCCAAUACCAACGACCAUCUCUUCCGAAGCCAACUAAUUUCAAUGAGCUGUGUGUGAUUUGACGCAACGUUGAGCAAAAUUCUGAUAGCCAAUGAAAUGGCGGAACAAGAGCAGCAUGCGCCAGGCUGCAAGCGAAUGUCUUUGGAUAAAAUAAUUGAAUCUAUGACGGCAGAUUUGGAAAAUUCUGCAGGACAAUAUGUCCAGUUUGGCGUAACUCCUCCUUCGCAAACUACUGUACAACCACCACACGGUUGGGGUGAUUACACACCUGGACAAGCUCGACACUAUUUGACUAACCAGCCUCCGCUGUCUGCGCAACCUGGUAGGCAGCCAAUGAAUCCUAUUCCAUCGCCAAUCUACAUGCCAGAGAUACCUCCGUAUGAUCCACCAUCGCCUGACCCCAUGUAUUUUCCACCACAACCGGUUAAUCAUUUGGGUUUGAAUGAGAAUAAUAAUUUGGUCGGAACGAUUGACGUCGGUGGUGGGAAUUACAUUAAUGUGAUUUAUAGAAACCCCACGCAAAUAAUGGCUGAACAACGUCAAUUGAAUACCUUGACGUCUUACAAUUCUCAUAAUGCGGAUCGAGAAUAUGGCCUGUUUGGUGACCAACGGCAAAUGCCGAUAUCUCCUAACUUGACUCCGCAAAGCUCUAACGGGAAACAAUUGAUCGAUAACUUGGUUGGAAAUUGGGUGCCAAAUCAAUCUGGUACUUACAGUCCUUUUGGCGGCUCGCCAAAUGUUACACCAGUACCGCAAAGCACGCCAGAGAUUAGAGAAACUGAAGAAUUACCUCGAAACUUACAGGAUAUUCAUCACAAAAAGCCGAGAAUGGUGGCAGAGGUAAGGCCAAUGCGACCCUCCUAUUCUGAUGUUUUGACCAAAUCUGCACCAACUCCUCCACCCCCGUUGACUCCGCCAGCUACUAAGCCAAAAAUUGAAACCACUGUGAAAAAGAAUUCGAUUAAAAGUGCAAAGAACAAAACCAAGCCAGCUGUGUUAAAGAGACAAAAUUCCUCGGGUAGCGAAGACCAUAACUCACCUAAAAUCCAAGUUCCCAAAAAAGUUUUAGAGAAGAAUAAUUCAAAUUUACCUAGACGCUGGGUGUCACUAGAUAAUCUGGGUUCACAAACAGAAUCUCACGAAUUGAACACGUUUGACAGAUCUGAAAAUAUCGAGAAAAAGAAAAGUUCCAAGAUCUUUAAGAAAGGUGAUAAAAAUGAGACAUUGAAUAAUACAAAAAUACAGAACGGUAGCUCAAAAUGUGCUCCAAAUAUUCAAAAACGUCCGAUACAAAUAAAUAAUAAUUUGACAACAAUAAAUAUUUCAAGUCAAACUGUUUCGCUCGAUAAAAUAGAGAAAAAUCAACAAGCUAAUAACAAAUCUGCAAAAGAUGAUAAGAAAAUUACUAAGGAAAAAUCCAUCAAAAGAUCCCAAGCAGAGAAAACUCAGCAGAUCAAAAAAGGGUACAGAAAUAGGAAGAGAGAAAGCAGAGAAUCACCGGUCAAAGAUUUGUGCAGGAACUUGAAUAAGCACGUUUUUCGAUGGAGCAAAAUUGGAUUGAAAAUUUUUUACUGGCUAUUUCAUUUAAUCUCCGAUGUUGUCAGCAUGAGCGCAAACCUAGUUGCCCAAUUGGGAAAGUGUGCUUGGUUUUACAUGCUUAUAUAUCUGAAAUACUCGUGGGUCUAUAUAGCUGGCACAUUCUCAAAAGUAAAGUUCUUAAAUGCAAUUGGAAAACGAUUAGACAGCUGGAUUGGAUGGAGUAGAUUUGCGUUUUGGGACAAAUUAAAAUCCAAAAAGAAAGAGGAGCAAGAAGAGAACACUAAUUGGAUUCCUGGUGGGUUAGAAGCAAACAUUGCAUUGCCUAGUACUGGCGAAGAAGCUAUGAAGAGAUUACUGGCUUGCAAAGGGAAAGACCCGUACAGUAUAUUAGGUGUCACACCAACCUGCUUUGAUGAUGACAUUAAAAAAUAUUACAAGAGACAAGCUUUUCUAGUUCAUCCUGAUAAAAAUAACCAGCCAGGGGCAGAGGAAGCAUUUAAAAUUUUAGUUCAUGCUUUCGACAUCAUUGGUGAACCGGAACGUAGACAGGCGUUUGAUCAAACUAGACAAGUUGAAGCAGCCUGGGGUGAGCUGAGCGAUCUACUAUCUCAGUUGCAUCGAAAAAUGGAACAGGCUGCAAACACAAUAAGAUGUACAAACUGUGGUCAUAGGCAUAAACGCAUUCCAACACAUCGGCCAUGUUAUGCUGCUCGAUUCUGUGCUCAGUGCAAAAUACGGCACAGUGCAAAGGAGGGAGAUAUUUGGGCAGAGUCUCGGAUAAUGGGAUUUUUAUGGAAUUAUUAUGCCUGUAUGGAAGGUGCGGUAUAUGAUGUUACGGAGUGGGCUGCUUGUCAGGCUGGAAACUUGAAACAUCUGAGAGCCAAUACACAUAGCGUUCAGUACAGAAUUGUUUUAGGGCAAAGACCUCCGCCGCAAACAACUAAUGGAGGUAAAAAGCGUCAGCAAGUGGAUCCUAACACAAGCGAGGCAGAUUUCGAAGAUUUUCUGAAUAAUUUAUACAAUCACAGCAAAUCAGGGAGUGCAUCGGCAACCGGAGAUCCAAAGAGUGAUAAUCGUCGACGUAAAACUAAACGCAAGAAGUGAACCUGAGUGAUAAGAGAUUUUUUGUCUUCUAGAAAUGCAUCCUGUGUAACUGCUGGUUAAUAUACAUACAUAAAUGUACACGAA